AUGCCGCAGAUGCUAAACCUCUUGAGACCGAUGAUGGAAUCAAGCGCCUUGGGAUCACAGAUCCCUGACACCAUUUCUACCUUGGCAGGUACCCCCUUCAAUACUCUACAACAGCCGCUUGCGCAGCGACCUCAUUACCCCUACGGCCAUAGUUAUCCCGAAUCAAUGAUUCCAGCGAUGUCGGAUCCGCAGAGACGCUCGACUGAAUCGACCGUCUUGGGGUCACAGAUCACCGAUACCGCUUCCCACUUCACAAUGGAUACUGGCAUCACCGCUCCUCCUCUUUCUCGUCCUCGUUCACCAACAGGGUCCCUUGCAUCGAAUGACCGCAAAGAGGAAAUGAGCGUCCGGUCAGCGGACGACCCUGAAUUCUUCCGAUGUGUCCACUGUAGUUUCGAUCGCAGCGUGAGACUGGAAUAUGACGGAAUCUGCGUAUACUGUCUAGAGCCGAAGCAAGAAUGGUGUUUCAAAGGUAGGCAUGAAGCCGACGAGGCCGCAUUCAAAGGCAGGACGGGAACGCAUCAUAUGUACUGUGAGAAGUGCCGGGGUGAGAAGGAGGACGAAGAAGUGGAGGGGGAACAGAGCGGGGAGGAACUGAAAGACGAUGAACAAUAG